GUUUCUGCUUCUCCUGCUGCGGCUGCUGCGCAAGCAUUCGAAAUGGGAGCACCGUGGCGUGCGCCUGGCCGUGUCUCUCCUCAGUGGUCUCUGCGGAGGUUUCACGUUUGAACGUCUCCUCUCGAACCAAACGAACACAACAAUUUCCACGGAAAAAAAGCGCAAUGUGAAAGCCAAAAAAGACUAGAAAUAGCCUGGCGUGACGUCCCACACAGACUACAGACAGACAGCAUCAGAAGUAGAAGAGCAUCAGGCAGGCAGCAUCCAACAUAACAUCAACAACAUUCAACAUCAGUAGCAGACGAAAGCGUACCGCGAGAGGAUCGCCCCAGAUCCGUAAAGAAAAGAAAACAAAGGAAAAGAAAAGUGUUAAACCCAUUGGAUCGAUCGAUGAAUACGCCAACAUUCCAUAUAGCAGCAGAAGCAGCAGCAGACACCAAAACAAACGAAACGGAGGAGGAGGAGGAAAACCUUUAGAAAAAAAAUAAUACACAUUUUUGUUUUGUUUUUAUCGAAACUGGGGCUGGGGCAGACUGACCCACAGGUGGUUCCAGUGCAUUCCCUCACGGAAAGAUAUAUAUCCUCCCAAAAGAAAAACCACCUAAACAACAACACUCGUGAGUGUCCUUCGCGUGUGUGUGUGUGUGUCUCAUAGUGAAUAAAAAUUCAAUUGAUUCCGAGUUUGAGUUUGAGUGAGAUAUUAAGUGAUGUGCCAUCCAUCCUGCCAGCAGACGACGACGACAGUCGUGUGACGUCCCCACCACCCACCCACUAACCAUCAAAGAAAAAGGAGCAGGAAAGAGCAGGAAACUCUUUCUCUCUCUGUCUAUCCGGCCAGUGGUGUGUGGUGUUGCAAGUUGCAAGUUGCAGCGAAAGGCGCCGGGGGGGACGAUGCCGGUCAUUGCCGAUGCCGAUGCCAGCGAUGAGCCACCAGCAAAAUGUUGCAAACAUUGUGAGGAGUCUACGCACAGCGUGGACGGAGGACCUGCAUCGUGGCGUUUAACGCUCGAUCAGGAUUUAUUUGACACGCUCAAGGGUAAUUUUCCCAGUUGGUUUCAGAGCAGCACUGGUUCUUCAGCAGCAGCAGCCAGCAAACAGCAGUUGCAGUUGCACCAGAAGCACCAUCAGUACCAAUUGGUGGCCACUCACAGUGUCAUACCCAUUACCAUAGACACGAAGAUCGGCAGCAACAACAACAAUCAUACACUCCAACAGCAGCAGCAUCAACAGACAGCGAUACUGAGCCACAAUUCCAGCUCAAGCUCUGCAUCGCCUGCUUCCUCCAUUAGCUCCAAUUGCUCAAAGAAAUCCAACAGCAGCAGCCUGAGCAGCUGCAGCAGCAGCAGCAGCAGCAGUUACAGCUCCCACUCCAGUGGUGGUGGUGGCGGUGGUGGUGGUGUUGGUGCAGCGACGACAAGCCGUUUCCUCAACAAAUCCACCUCCACGACGCCCGCCAAGGGACUGGCACGGACGCUCAAGGCCACCCAAAAGACGCACAACGGCAACAGCAACAGCUGCCAGAAGCUAGGCCAACUGGUGAAGUCCGCCUCGUUGCACAGCCUGAGCAGUGGUAGCAGCGGUUGCAGCAACGGUAGCGGUAGCGGCAGCAGUGGCAGUGGCAGCUCCUCGCUGCUUGCCAACAUAUCCACAUCGCCACUGACCACCGUAGAGCUCAUCUCGAGCGCUGCCUGCAACGGUCUGCUGGCCACCAGGCUCAGCGGCAAAGCCCUGCAGCACUCCUUUCAGGAUUUCAUAUUGCUGCACGAGGCCUACGACGAUAUGUCAGAGGGUGAGCAGCGACUGCAUGCUACAUUUCUGGGCAGCAGCGAUGAUGGCAACAAUUCGGACUGCUACGAUGCCAGACAAUCGCCACCAAAGGCCAUCGUUGAUUCCAGUCCCCUGCAGCCAGCCAUGGACAAGAACAAAGAAUCGCUCAAAGUGAAGCUCAUGGUGCGACGACCCCACUCGCAGUUGGUCGAACAGGGCAUCAUACCAUCUUUGAAAACCUCGCCCGCCAUCCACGAACAAUGCAAGCAACUAGAGCGAGCCAAGACCAGCGAUUUGCUAAAGGCCAAGAUCCAGCAGCGGCCCAAUCGCGAGGAUCUGGAGCGGCGUCACAUACUCGAGGAGGAUGAGUGCCACAUCGAUCCGAGUCUGGCGGAGAAGCAACGCAUGCUCAAGAAGGCACGCCUCGCCGACCAGCUCAACUCGCAGAUCCAGCAUCGUCCGGGACCCCUCGAGCUGAUCAAGAAGAACAUCCUGCACACGGAGAAACCCAUCGAGAAGAUUGUGAAGGAGGGCCUCGUCUCGUUCAAGGCCACCAGCGAGGGUCUGCUCACGAGGCCACAGCAUCCACACAGCUAUGUGACCUUUGAUGAGGAUUCGCUCAGCUCCGAGAGCGACACUAGACAGACGCCGCCUCGUCUCGAUGAGGCCAUGGUCGUCACGCCUAUGGUGGCAGCGGGAGCAGGCGUAGCACCCUCACCGCCCACGGAUGUGCUGCAGGCGGCAGCUGCCUCUGCAGGGAUUGUGACGGUGGCCCUGACAAUGCACACGGCCAGUAGUGGAGGCCAGUUGAUGGUCAGCUCGCCGCAGAUCAUCCAGCAGCAACAGCAGGAACCACAGCUGAAGAAAAUGGUGCUACCUGCAUCAGUGCCACCGCCACCGCCUCCGCCACCACCGCUGCCGAUGGCCAGCAUCGUAAGGGUCAAGGCGGAGACGGCUAAUCUGUUCGAGGAGCUGUGCCAGAGCGUGGCCGGACCCACGGCCAGCCCGGGAGGCGUUAACCAGUUCCUGCCCAUGCCCAUGCUUGCGUCGCCCUGCUCCCUGGCCUCCAGCAGCACCUCCACCCUGAGUCCGCUGUCAUCCAUUGCCUCACCGCCACCGCCAGCGAUCACCCGGCUGCAUCUGCAGCCCGUUUCCGUGAAGUCUGAUGCCCCCGGCAAGGACAAGAAUCGCAAAAAGUCCAAGUCCAAGCCGGUGUCUAAGGCGCGUACCAUUAAAUUCCACGAGUACAAAGGUCCCCCGAGUGCCGCCGGCCAGAAGAUGGAUCAGACGCAGCCGGAGGAGACCUCCUACCAGCUGAUGUUGGAGCAGCAGAACUGCCUGCUCAAGUUUCUGGAGAACCUUAACAAAAAUCAGUCCAUACUGCCCUCGUCCAAUACAGCAGCAGCAGCCCCGGCAGCAUCAGCGUCCACCCCGGCUCCGCCCCUGACUCCCAGUAGCAACAACAACAGCAUCACGGUGACGACCAAAACAGUGCCAGCUUUAGCCUCCUCCCAAACGGCACCGAUUCCAGCUCCGAUCAGCCUACCUAACACCAUAUCCAUCACGAGCAGUGUGGGCGGAGCUCCACUGAACUUUGGGGAUGCUGCCAUGCUAACCACGUCCACGACCACGGCAGCGGCCACGCCCACACCUCCGAUGCUAUCAUUGAUAGCCACACCACACCACCACCACAAUCAGCAACAGCAGCAACAGCAACCAGUAGUUGCUGCAACAUCUGUGGUGCUGCCUACAGUGCUGCUGCAGCAUCCACCGCCACUUCCAUCUCCAGCGCUGUCCGUGAGCUCCUCCAUACCGCCCAGUCCGGUCACCAGCUACGCAGAGUCAAACGCUACCACCAGCAGCGCCUGCAUCACGGACAUUACGCGGCUGGAGAAGAUGAAGGUCUCCGACCUAAAGCAGCAUCUGAAACGCCGCAAUCUCCCAGUUUCUGGACCGAAGCCGCAUCUGAUUGAGCGACUAAAGCCGUACCUGCCACUGGAGCCCCUGGAAAGCAAUGCCGCAGCCACUCCCGCCGCCAACACAACGGAGGUGAUCACCAUCAGCGAUGCGAUGGAAACAAGCAAUCCUCCACCACCCGCAACCAUACUGGUGUCGUCCGAAGCCAGCACGGAGCACGAGCAGAUGGAUGUGGUGCAGCAGCAGCAACAGAUGGACACUACACACUCCAUGGCGAUCCUGCCACAGCAGCCACAGACUGCCACGAUUAUCCUGACCAACGAAGAGCUGCUCCGAGAGCAGCAGCGAAAAAUCGACGAGCUGCAGCGUCAACUGCAGCGCUCGCAGCUGGAACUGCAGCAGAUACGCCAGCGGCAGCAGCAACAGAAUCAGACGGUGGUGAAUGCCCUGCCGCCCCAGCAGAUCACCCUGAUCACAACUACCGCAUCGAAUGGCGGGCCACAACAGACGCUUACGAUGCUGCCACAGCAGCAGCACGUGGAGAAGAGCAUCAUACCGACCAAGCUGACAAUGAAGGCAGCAGCGGGGGCAACCAAGAUCAAUGGAGUCCAUCAGCAGGCCCAGGGAGUAGCCAAGAAGUCGUCGCACGCCAACAGCAGCAACAUUAGCACGAAUCCCAGCCAGCCGCCGCCAAUUAGCCAGAAGAUGGUGGUAAAGCAGCAGCUGGAGGCCAAAAUACAGAAGCAGAAGGCAGCGGCUGCAGCAGCUGCACAACAGCAGCAACAGCAACAGCAGGCACUGCAACAGCAGCAGCAGCAGGUGCAACAGCAACAGCAGCAACAACAGGUGCAACAGCAGGUGCGCCUGCUCACGCAAAAGACACAAACUGUACUCAUUCCAUUCAACAACACCAGCAACCAGAACAACAACAACAAUCAACCAAACGCUCCACCCAAGAAUCAGGCCAAGAAAUCCCAUGUUGCUGCCACUGUGCAACCAACAACCACAACGACUGCAACAAUCCUGCAGGCAAGCAAACCGCCGACAGCAGGAGUAGUAGCAGGCGGAGGAGCAGCCGCAACGCCACACCACAACAAUGAGUUUCUGCUGUGGAACGAGGGGAAUCAGACCAUCUUCCUUGUGGGACUCGAUGAUCAGCACAUGACGGCUCAUACACUGGGAAAUAUCAGCCUCACGGCCACGACUACCACAGCAGCAGCAGUAACAGGAGCUGCUGCAGCGCCCGCCAAGAAGCUGCUGAAUGGGCACCAACGCACCAACUCCCUGCCCAGCAUUGUCUUUCCCAUCGAAGCCAAGUCCUUUAUCACGCAGCUGCAGCAUUCACACUUCCAGCAGCAACAGCAACAUCCCCAUCAGCAACUCAUCCAACUGGACAUCAAACCGUCGACAGCACCGCCACCGCAGUAUGAGGAGGCCACCAAGCAGCUAGCUGCCAGCAAGGCAGCGGCUCUGAACGGUCUGGUGCCGCUUGUCAAGAUCAAGGAGGAGCCUGUGCACUCGCCGGCACCGCCGUUGACGUUGCCAGGGCCCGUUCCAGCUCCGCUGAGUAACCAAGUGAAGCGCAAAUCGGCGGGCAUCAAGUCCGAACAGGUCAGCGAUGUCCUGGACAUUCUCAUCAAGCAGGGAGAGCUGCCCGAGAGUGCGGCCCUCGAUCCGAUCACGCCACUAACGCCCCUUCCCGAGCUGCCCAUGUUCAACGGUGCCGCCACUCCGAACACAGCUGCGGGAGGAGCCAGCAUCGUGCCAGUGGUGCCUAAGCUGGAGGCUCCGGCGACGCCGCAGUCGGCUGUGGCCACGGUGGACAUAGCUAUGGACACCAAUGACUCGCACGUAAGCUUCGGCAGUGGCCAGCACACGCAGCACGGCUUCGUCGAGAAUAUCGACAUGGGAUCGCCCCUGCAGCCGGACACGACGGCCAUCGACGCCGAGAGCGUGGCCAAGACGCUGGACAUCUUUCUGGAGCAGCACCAUGCAACACCCCCGCCCAGCACGCCGCCAAAGAGCAGCCACAGCGGCAGCGAGAAGCCCAACAGUCCGAACGCUAAGCUGAAUCACUUUGAUGAGUACGAGCUGCUGGAGCUGAUGUCGCAGCAGCUAGAGAUGGACAUGGGCGACGACUCGAACACUUACUGCACCCCCAAGCCCCAAGGCAACAACAACAGCCUGCGGCGCGAUCUCAAUUCCAGCCUCCAGCCGUGUAUCAACGAGCUGCUCGAAGCCAGCAGCCCGGACAGCGUACUCCUGAACAACAAUCCGUGUGCCGAUGUGGACUUCGAUGCGGAUAGCUUUGUGGCACAGCUCAGUCAGCAUGUGACGGGCAACGGCAACAGUCCCCAUGGCCACUGCAAUGGGACUGUGGAAUCAAGCUCCUCGUCGAACAGUCACUUCAAUGGCACGCCCAUGGACUGCGAUGACUUUGAGAGCACUCUCAAUUCCUUUAUGCAAGCCGUCACACAACCAGAGGCGGGAUCACAUGGCGGACAGUACUCAACGACGACCAUCAUGGCCAAUAGCGAGGGCGGAGGAGGAGAAGUAGAAGGCGGUGUCUUGGGCGACUCUGGCGGUGGGGCUGUCGAUGCCUUUAAUGCCAGCGGCGAUAUCUUUGAUCUGUUCAACAUGGAUGACUACAAGAUGAACUGGGCAGCCGGCGAUUUCACUGUUUGAUGCAACAUUUUAUAGAGCUACGUGGCGCAUGUGCAGAACUUUCAUUUCCUCAUCCCACAAGUUUCUUCGUUCCGUGUCAAACACAAACACAAUCCAGCGUGGUGCUCACUAUUCUCAAAAAAUAUAUAAUUCCUGAAGAACAUACACCCAAAACACGAAACACAAAACAACAUCAACAACAACACACAAAAUCCUAUUUAUUUUCUAAAUGCAUUUAAAACAUUUGAACGUCAGUUGAAAUUUCGAAACUUUACUAUUUCCAACAAAAACUACAAAAACAAACACAAAGCCAAGCAAAAUUGCCGGGGAGUGACACUCCACAAAAAAAAACAAAACAAAAAUAACACCAUACUUUCGCACCCUUUCCUUAAGAAGCAAAAAAUACAAGAAAGAAAGAAAAAAAAACAACCAUUUAGAAAAAGAUUAAAAACUUUUAAUAAAACGUAAGUGAAAACCAUACCAAAUACAAAACAAAAACAGCAAAAAAUUAAUGAUAUUCUAAAGAUUGAUAAAGAAGAAAAAAGAAGAAGUACAUGUUUCUAAUGAAGGUCAUUCCAAUCUGAAAAUAAUGCGAGUAAAAAUCUAACCAACUAAAAAACAAAAAAAAUGAAAGCUAUAGACACAGAGAGAGCGAGAAUGGAAUGCGAAUGGCAGAGCGGAGGAUGAAAAAGCAUGAAUGAGAGAGAGCGAGGAUGCAGGAAAUGGCCAAAAGAAAACCAGAAAACACAAACCAUAAAAAAGAAAAGAAGCAAAAAAAAAAAACAGAUCAUAUAAGAUCACAUGA